AAAAAGUAUAAAGCAAGCUAACUCUCCUGUGAACCUUUCCUCUCUGUCCUCCAUCCCCGUUAUCAAACUUCUCACACACACUCCGCAACCGCAACUCCAACUGCAUUCAUCCCUCAGCAACAAUGAAGGUCACCGCAACCAUCACCUGCCUUUUCGCAGCCGUCGCCAUGGCUAUCCCUGCCCCUGCCCCUGCUCCCGCUGGCGGUGUUGUCGACGCUCGCCACAACGAGGCCACGCUUGACAAGCGUGGAUGUCCAGCCGGCUCCGCUUGCCAGAGCGGCCAGUGCUACUGGUCGUCUUGCAACUCAUCCGGCUGGUGCUCGUGGAACCCCAGCGGUAUCUCCUGCUGAUCAUGAAAUAUUGAACCCUGCCUCCCAGCUGCAUUGCCUUGUCCGUUCAAUUAGCUCGACAUGGAAUGUUGCUGGCAACAACUUGUCACACUUGGACGAUGAGAUACAAGACACAAAACACUGGGGAAUGAAGUAUUGGCCCAUAUCAGUUGAUGUUCCACUCUUUGAGGGACUUGAUGAGGAUUCAACAUCUGAGGACGGAUAGAACUAGGGGUCAAUGCCUUGUGCAGACCAUGUUUACAUUCCUUCAGUUCACAAGACAUUACCUUAAGGCUAUCGGAAUGCUG